AUGGUGAAGAAGAAGAGAAAUGAAAAAGUGUUUUGUGCAAGUGAUGCGAAUGGAAUAAAUUUAAGUACUAAUGACAUUAAUGAUGACGUGAAAGGAUUCAACGGGUCAGCCGUAAAAAAAUGCAUUAUAAAUGAAGCGAAAGCUGUGUUUCAGAAUAAUUGCAAAACUAGGAAAUUCGAAGAGACAACACUGUUCAUGUUGGAUAACAUGGGAAAAGUGGUGACUCACCUUCAGAUUAAAAACAAAUGGGAUCAUCUGAAAAAAGGGUGGAAGGAUUAUAACCAGUGUUUUGACAAUGAGACUGGGUUGGGUUAUGAUGUUGGAAUUGGGAUGCUUGAGGCCCCUAAUGAGUGGUGGACUCGAAAGAUUGCGGCAUGUCCCCUUGCAAAAACCUUUAAAAAUAAAGGUUUGCUGAAUCAUGACUACCUGAACAUCAUGUAUGGAGGCACGGUUGCAAUGGGGAAAAAUGCGUUCUGCACGAGCGGUCAAUUACCAAAGGAAACCACCGAAGGGUCUGGGGACUCUGCUGAUAGCACAGAAUUUGUUGACCCCCAAUGUGAACCGUUUAUGAAUGUUGACGCAAUGGAGGUUGAAGGUCCAUCAUUGUCGAGGGCAGGACCAGCAGUGAGUAAGGGGAAAGGCUUGGCAACCAGUGUCCACCUUUUCAAGCCAAUAAGUGUAAGUACACGUAAGGAUAUUGCUUCCAUAGCAACUUCUCAGAUUAAAGCCAUUUUGGACAUGGUGUUGAGUCUUCUAGGGGUGUACUCGGGUCAUUACCUUCAUCUGUUUAGCACCAUCUACUUCAUGGAAAAAGAGUGGGGUAGGCACAUGUUUCCUGCCCUUGGUGAUAACAAGGAUGUCCAACUGAAGUGGCUAGAAAAAGAGUACCAAAGGCACCCAGAAUUUCAUAUUGACUGA